ACUACAGAACACAUCGCAUACAGAAGAAAAACUCUUCUAGAGAAUCGCACUUCGGAAUAGCCUAAAAUAAGACUGAGCUUUUAUGCACUGGAAAGUUACUAUUCUUCAACUUUAAUCGUUGGACAUGCCACCUCAAAUGGAUUAUUAUUGUGAAGAAUCCCGCGUCCCCUCUUCAUGCGGAUUGAUGAGCCAAGAGACCGGGUUGGAGAGGGAGCCAGCGCCCGGGUUGGAGAGGGAGCCAGCGGCUAUCAGCUGUAUGCUGGUGGGGGACGGGGCUGUGGGCAAGACAAGCAUGAUAGUCAGUUACACCAGCAAUGGAUACCCCACGGAAUACAAACAGACCGGCUUUGAUGUCUUUUCUGGUCAGGUCCAAGUAGAAGGAGCCCCAGUCAGAAUACAACUACUGGACACAGCUGGACAGGAGGUGUUUGACGAUUUCCGCUCCCUCUCCUACUCCCAGACGGACGUCUUCCUGCUCUGCUUCAGUGUGGUCAACCCCAACUCCUUCCACAAUGUCACCAACAAGUGGAUCCCAGAGAUCCGAGCCUGCAACCCCUCAGCUCCCAUCAUCCUCGUGGGCACCCAGUCCGACCUCCUGCUGGACGUCAACGUUCUGAUCAACCUGGCCCGUGGCGGGGUCAAACCAGUGCUGACCCCUCGGGCGCGGAGCAUGGCGGUGAAGAUCAGAGCGGCGGACUAUGUGGAAUGUUCUUCGUUGACGCAGAAGAACUUAAAAGAGGCGUUCGACGCGGCCAUUUUUGCUGCCAUCAAACACAAGGCCAGGAAGGAGAAGAAGAGGCAGCUGUCGGACAGACGCACCAAGGCCUUCUCUAAAUGCAGCUGGAAGAAAUUAUUCUGUUUUAUCUGAGAUGAGAUCCCAUGGGUCCUGGACAGAAUAAUGACUAUUAUUAUUUAUUAACUUAUGAAGACUUACUAAGAACUUGUAGCUUUGGAAUCAUCCCAGAAUUGGUAAAUUAACUGAAUUCUAUUGGAGUCCUGGACUGAAGACAGUGGUAUAGCGUACUUCAGUAGCCCUUGUAGGUAACCAAGUAAGAACGGGUACUGAAACAUAAUACAGACAAGAGAAUAUCAAAUCAAACCAAGGACAUUGAGUACAUCUUGUCAGUGGGACAAGGGUGUCAUGUAAAUGUUGUGAAUUCCUUUGCAUGGUCUGGAUUGGUGCCUUUUCCAACCUGAGAGUUUACUGCACUGCCUCUGUGUGAUAGUCAGAGAGUCAGUGGGUUGUGAGAGAGAAGGAUAUGUUUAGGUAGUCAGGGGUUGGUUGUUAGCCUUUUCUCAUUUGCAUUCUUUGCUGCCCAGCCACACAGACCCAGGCCUAUUCAUAUUCAACAGUGUAUGUAGGCUGAAGUCACAGCGCUAGGCUAGGCGCUACCUUCUUACCUGUGUGUGAAUGGCUUCCACAGGCCAUUGUGUUGAUUAGUGCGGCACGUAGCCUAGCGGUUAGGGCAUUGGGCCAGCAACCGACGAGGUAAAAAAAUUAAGAAAAUCGCACUGCACUUUUUAUUUAUUUUAUUUUCCCUUUAUUUAACC